CUCCUGUACGUCACCAACGAAAAAACUAUUCGUGUUGCCGCUGUUCCGAUAUGGAUUGAUUUACGAGCGCCAAACUGAUUCCGGUUUGUUUUGGCAGUUCGAUGCGACCGUUGCGGGGGUGAACAUGUGCGUUGGGGUUUGAUUUUGGACGAUUUGAAAGGAAACGCUACAACGAAAUGUCCAGUGGGUACACCUGCUUAAGAACGACAUUUUGUGUUAUAAAUGUCAUUUUUUGGAUCGCUGGCUGUGGUAUCCUGGGCGUCGGAAUUUGGCUGAGGGUGGCCUACGAGGGGUACGCCACCCUUUUACCUCAAUAUGCCUUGAUCAGUGCCGACUCGCUGGCCAUACUGGCCGGCAUCAUUACUUUGAUUUUAUCGUUCUUCGCGUGCUGCGGCUCGUGGUUCCAAAACAGGUGCAUGCUCAUAACGUACUUCGUGUUGGUGGUGCUACUGUUCAUUGGGGAGUUCCUGACGGGCUCCAUGGCGUUCCUGUAUAGGUCCACCCUGAGUCACACGCUCAGGGAAGAACUGAAAACCGGGCUGAUUCAUCACUACAACGUGACGGCAACGGGCCCCAACAGCCUGGUUAACAUCUGGGAUAACAUGCAGACACAAUUUAGAUGCUGCGGCGUGGACAACUACGAAGAUUGGUUCGACAUUGAUUCAUGGCCUGGCCACAGAUGGGUACCGGAUACUUGUUGCUUUCCUGCAUACGCCGACAAGGAUUGUGGGAAGAGCCAAUCGUCUGCUAAUUACUAUCCUGACGGAUGCUACAGACAGAUCAACGUUUGGUUCAUGCAGAGGCUGUACAUCAUCGGGUUUGUCUGCAUAGGGGUCGCUUUCCUGCAGCUCUUCGGACUGGUGGCGUCGAUGCUUCUGUUUUGUACGAUAAGUCACAAAUUGUACAGAUCUUGUAGCUACAAAGCAUAUUCCUAGUACAAAGUGAGAGAGUGUUGAAUUAAAGAUCUGUUACUUCAAGUUAUUGUAAGAUAACUGGCAAAUUGUUGUAUAUAUUAGAUUUAUUUAUUACAAAUAAAUAAACAUUGUAGAGCUGUGUAGGAUGUGCAAUUAUUCUGUUAAAUGUAAAUAAUAUUUUUAUAAACAACCUCACAGAACCAAAUAUAGAUGUGUAUAUCAAAUUCAACUUAGUUUUUUGUAUAAUUUAAUUUUUAAUGUCAUGUUAAAUGUGAAUGUAAUAAAUUAUAUAUUUUUAUUACCUGA